AAAAAAUCCAACAUGGCGGCCAAAUGCGUUUUCCGUCCUUCAAUCGCUAGUUUUAGACUUUGUGGAUCAGGUGCUUUGAGGUGUCUUGAGAGAAUACACAGCUGUCAAAGGUCUUUAACAAAGGAAUCAAAUUAUUUUCAUUCAUCCGCCUUUUUGUCCAAAGCAAGAACAAGAAGUCAAUGGAGGAAAGACAGAGCACCAGCACUUACCAAGCUCAAGCCAAAUGAACCUGAGGAAACUGAACAAAGAAAAGCCUAUGGUGGCCACAAAAAGAUCAAAGCUGUGCAAGUAAACCGUGGAAUCUAUGCAUGGAAUUCUCUAGAUGUAGAGUUUGAAUGUCGUAUCAUAAGUGUGGUUCAUAACACAGCUCAUAAAGACUUCAACCAAGAAGGUGUGAUGGUCAAAGGGACCAUUGUUGAAGUGGACCCAAGUCCUUUUAAAACCUGGUACAUAACCCAUUACCAAAAAGAAGACUCUUCACAAGAGGCUAAUUCUUCACUUGAACAUCUCAUGCCAUACCCGAACAAGGGAAAACUUUAUGCUAAAAUAACAUCACGGCCAGGUCAAAUUGGAUUUUGUAAUGGGUACAUCCUUGAGGGAGAUGAGUUGGAGACUUUGUUCAGCACGCGUGAAGACUUAAGGCCAUCAUCGGACAAAAGCGCGCAAGGACGAUGAUCAUACCAUGGAUUAUCCUGUCAUCCAUGGGAAAAACUUCUAAAUUUUGUGCAAUCCUUCCUCCCAAUCUUUUGGUCCUUCAGCCUUCAUUUGAUAGCGGGUGCAGGGGAAGGAAUUGUUGUCAACGCUUUAUAGACUGUAAAUAAUUAAUAAAGGUGGGAAACAUAAACUCGG